UAAGGGAGUCCUUGAAUUCCUUCUCCAGACGUUGCUCGUCUACCCUGCAGGGGAAAGUUCUUUUGCGAACGCCCGGCCGCCUCUGCUCGCCUCGGUCAGGGGCGCGCGCGGCUGAUAAGGGUCACGGCGGACCCCGUGGAGACGAGGGCGGUGCCGGGGCGAGCUGGCUGGGGACCCAGCGGGCUGACCCAUUGCAUAACCGCGAGGUGUCCCUCCGCCCCCGCGCCAAGCCUCGGCCCGGCGAGCGGAUCCCGGGGAUAAACCCCUUUCGCCCACCCGGCAGAGUCCACGGCGGCGCUGGCGGGGCGGGGUUGGACCCGCCGGCGCGUUUCGCAGGCCGCACUCUGGGCGCUUCCCCGCGACGCUCUCCUCCUCCCGCGCUGCCCGCCGGGCCCCCGGCCCCGCCGGCGCCUCCGCCCCGAGCGCUCCCCGCCCCUCGGAAGCGCGGACCGCGGCGGCUGGGGCCCGGGAAGGGGCCACGGCACGGGGAGUCGGCCGGGUGGGUGCGCCCGCGGGGCAUGUCCGCGCGCCGCCGCCCGGGGUACAUCGGUCCACGCGAGAUGGCCAGUAACCUAUGUGCCAGGUAGCAUUCCAUGCUAAUCUUGAAUGCCAAUAGGAAAUCACUGGACAGCAAAACUCUUCCAGGAUUAUAACUGGGCUAUCAGAGUAACCCGAAAAAGAAGAAAAAAGAAUCGAAGUCAUGGCCAAAGGAACUAGAGUUCGGUCUACCUCUCCUCCAGAUGGAGGCUGGGGCUGGAUGAUCGUGGCUGGCUGUUUCCUUGUUACCAUCUGCACCCGGGCGGUCACCAGAUGUAUUUCAAUUUUUUUUGUGGAGUUCCAGACAUACUUCACUCAGGAUUACGCCCAAACAGCUUGGAUCCAUUCCAUUAUAGAUUGCGUGACCAUGCUCUGUGCGCCGCUUGGGAGUGUUGUCAGUAACCACUUAUCCUGCCAAGUGGGAAUCAUGCUGGGUGGCUUGCUGGCCUCUACUGGUCUCAUCCUGGGCUCAUUCGCCACCAAUCUGAAGCAUCUCUACCUCACUCUGGGAGUUCUGACAGGUCUUGGAUUUGCACUCUGUUAUUCUCCAGCGAUUGCCAUGGUCGGCAAGUAUUUCAGCAGACGGAAAGCCCUGGCUUACGGGAUCGCCAUGUCCGGAAGCGGCAUCGGCACCUUCAUUCUGGCCCCGGUGGUUCAGCUCCUUAUCGAACAGUUUUCCUGGCGGGGAGCCUUACUCAUCCUCGGGGGCUUCGUUCUGAAUCUCUGUGUUUGCGGUGCCUUGAUGCGGCCCAUUACCCUGAAAGAGGACCAGACGACUCCAGAGCGGAACCCCAUCAGUAGAACUCAGAAACAAGACUUCAAGCGAGUGGCUCCCUGUUCCACUUUGACUAAAAAAUGGGUGCAGACCUGCCUCUGUUGCUCUUUGCAGCAGGAAUACAGUUUUUUACUGAUGUCAGACUUUGUCGUGUUAGCCAUCUCUGUUCUCUUUAUGGCUUAUGGCUGCAGUCCUCUCUUUGUGUACUUGGUACCUUACGCUGUGAGUGUUGGAGUGAGUCACCAGCAAGCCGCUUUCCUUAUGUCCAUACUCGGGGUGAUUGACAUUGUUGGCAAUAUCACAUUCGGAUGGCUAACUGACAGAAGGUGCCUGAAGAAUUACCGGUAUGUCUGCUACCUCUUUGCCGUGGGACUAGAUGGGCUCUGCUAUCUCUGCCUCCCAAUGCUUCAGAGCUUUCCCCUGCUCGUGCCUUUCUCUUGUACCUUUGGCUACUUUGAUGGUGCCUACGUGACUCUGAUCCCUGUAGUGACUGCAGAAAUAGUGGGGACCACUUCUUUGUCCUCAGCGCUCGGUGUGGUAUACUUCCUUCAUGCAGUGCCAUACCUGGUGAGCCCGCCCAUUGCAGAUCAGACAUUUCGGUUCAUCAUUACCCAAAACAGAAACUUGGGAGGUUAGCCUGAAAAAUAUUCUAAAGGUGAGAUUCCUUUCUCCCUGGGUUAAGUUUUUAUCUUUUUAUGGAUAAUCAUUAGAAACUUGAUUCUAACUUGGGCCUCUUCACCUGAGUGAGAAGGCUUUAGGGAUUCGGCUGAGCAUCCCAGUGCUCAUUAAUUAGAGCUUUGGUCGGGGGAGAGGGAAGAGAAGCUUAAGAAGGCUAAUGCUGUGACACUUUAUAGUUCAUAGAACUUGUUUAUGUACCUUUGCUCAUUGGAUUAGAAUAAUUUACUCAUUCUCAAGUACUCUGUUUUCCUACAGUUUGGAGUAAUUUCUUACUUUUCAGAGGGAGGACAUGGGAAAGAAGAGAAAGGCCAGAUCUGCUGGCUUGUCUCCAACCAUUUGCAUCCCCAAAUUGUGUCAUACCUGUAAAUUAGAAGCAAGUUACACCGUUGAAGGGGGAUUUUAACUAUGGAAAAAUUUAAAAUCUGAGCCUCAAAGAAAUAUUUUGACCCCGAAGUCCAUUUUAUCCAUUGUCCCUCCAGAGGCCUGCACUGAGGAAGAUCUUAGGUUGACUAGGCAUGUUCAGCAAGUCUUUGCCUAUAACUGGAUUACUUCAUGAAAUUACAUAUUAAUACAUUGCUUUCAGAAUGAAAUACUGCCUUGAUUUAAUGGAAGAAAGCUGUAGUAUUUCAUAGUUGUUUUCCAAAGAUAAAUUUGAAUGUUGCCUGUUAUCUGUUUUACUUAGUUUAAGGCUGUAGUUUUUUUUUUGUUUGUUUUUGUUUUAAGAUUUUAUUUAUUUACUUGACAGAGAGAGAUCACAAGUAGGCAGAGAGGCAGGCAGAGAAAGAUGAGGAAGCAGGCUCCCUGCAGAGCAGAGAGCCCGAUGCGGGGCUCGAUCCCAGGACCCUGAGAUCACGACCCGAGCCGAAGGCAACGGCUUAACCCACUGAGCCACCCAGGCGCCCCAAGACUGUAGUUUUGAACCCAUUUACUUUGUCACUUGCAAUUUAAAAACAAGAUUUGGAAAAUAUCUGUAAAAAAGUCAAAGUUAAAUGAACUUAUGUGUGUUUGGAGUACCACUUUACACUAAAUGUCAUUUCUUGAAUCUUCAAGCCUAAAGAUUUUUUGAAAUAUAGUUAUAAAUAUUCUUAUACAUACUUUUUCCUGGUGAUCACAGUAAAAUUUUGUUUAUCCAGCUCUGCAAUAUAAUUUCUCUAAAGUAUUAUAAGUAUUCAUGAAAAAUGAGUAUAGAAACCAGAGCUUUUAAAAUUUUAUAUAAAAUAAUUCAGAUAUUUUACUUUAUACAUGCAUAAAUUUAUAUUUUAAUUCCCUUUUGGAGCAACAUUUUUAGAAAACCAGCAAGGAAAAUGUAGAUUUUUAGAGUCUAUCAUUGUCUGACUUCACAAAAUGUUACUGUUAAGGUUCCAUGUGCCUAUACUGUUUAUUUCAAAAGGGAGGAAUUUGUGGAAUGAGGUAUUUUGUGGAAUCAAGAACAAGAUUGUGGUGUGAUGAUUCAACAUCUUAAAUAUUACUUUAUAUCACUUCAAGUUCUACUUUGAAAUUGAUAGAAAAGCAAAGAAACUAACUUCUAUAGAUACAUUGUACCAUUGGGCCUUCUUUUCAGAUUGAGAUUUUACUAAUAGAUCGGAUAUUUAUGCUAAUAUUUUCUUAUUUCAAAAGCAUAAUAAAGUGAAUUUAUAUUUGU